CCCCUAACGACUAAUUGACAAGCUUUUUGUUGCUGAAUGGCUGUACUAUACCAGUACUUCGUUAUGCGUUUUGAAGCCAAAUAUUCGAGCUUCACAUGAAACCCCUUCUUCCUUCUCAAAACUCGAUCUCACUACUCCUCUCUGCUCUCACUCUCAGAUCUCAACUACACCUCCACUCUCUCAGCCUCAGGCCAUUCUCUUCAAUUUCCACCAACAAAGCCAAAUGGAACUCAACCACCAACGUAAUCAUCACCAACCCAACUCUGCUAAUCAUGGAGUCAUGCACCACCAUGCUCCAACUCAAACAAAUUCAAGCCCACAUGACCCGCACUGCCCUCAUCACUCACACUUUCCCUGUCAGCCGAGUCCUAGCAUUUUGCGCUUUGGCUGAUUCUGGUGACAUUCAAUAUGCCCGUGUGCUUUUUUCUCAGAUUGAAAGACCCAAUACUUAUAUGUGGAACACUAUGAUCAGGGGCUACUGUAAAGCCAAAAUUCCCACCAUUGGGUUUUCAUUUUUUCGUCAAAUGGCUCGAGAAUGCGUCGAAAUGGAUCGCCGGAGCUUUGUUUUUGCGCUCAAGGCGUGCGAGCAGUUUUGUACAGUUUUAGAGGGGGAAUCAGUUCACUGUUGGAUUUGGAAGAUGGGUUUUGAUUCGGAUUUAGUAGUGAGAAAUGGGUUGGUUCAUUUUUAUGCUGAAUGUGGGUGUCUGAAUUUUGCACGUGAAGUGUUUGAUCAAAGUUUUGAAAGAGAUGUUGUUACGUGGACCUCGAUGAUUGAUGGAUAUGUGGUGCAUAAUUGUUCGGAGGAGGCAUUGAAAUUGUUUAAUUCAAUGUUAAUGAGUGAUGUUGAGCCAAAUGAGGUUACUAUGAUUGCUGUACUUUCAGCGUGCUCCCUAAAGGGGGACUUAACUAUGGGAAAAAGUAUCCAUGAGUAUAUAAAAAAGAGGAACGUUAAUUAUAGCCUGAAUUUGCAAAACGCUAUGUUGGAUAUGUAUGUAAAAUGUGGUUGCUUGGUUGCUGCUAGGGAGGUUUUUGAUGACAUGAAAAUUAGAGAUGUGUUUUCAUGGACUAUUAUGGUUAAUGGGUAUGCUAAGUUUGGUGAGUUGGAUUUAGCAAGGAAGUUUUUUGAUGCCAUGCCUGAAAAAAAUGUGGUCUCUUGGAAUGCAAUGAUUGCAGGUUAUUCUCAGAAUAAUCAACCAGAGGAAGCAUUGAAGUUGUUUCGUAACUUGGUGGGAGUUGGUUUGCAUCCAAUAGAGAACACAUUGGUCUGUGUGCUCUCUGCUUGUGGUCAACUGGGUUCUUUGGAUUUGGGUCAAUGGAUUCACCACUACUAUAUUAAUCAAAAGCAGAUUCAACCUAGUGUGAUCCUGGCAAAUGCAUUUAUUGACAUGUAUGCUAAAUGUGGGAGUAUUGAUGCAGCUGCAAUGAUUUUUAACGAAACGGUGGAGAGAGAUUUGGUUUCUUGGAAUUCCAUGAUUGCUGGAUAUGCUUCUCAUGGACAUGCUACAAAAGCCCUUGUCCUUUUCGAUGAGAUGAUUAAUAUGGGAUUUAAGCCUGAUGAAAUCACAUUUGUGGGUGUCUUAUCGGCUUGCAGUCAUGGUGGUUUGGUUUCUGUCGGUCAAGAAUAUUUCAAAAGUAUGAAUAGAAAUUUUGGGAUAGAACCAACGGUUGAACACUAUGCUUGCGUGAUUGAUUUAUUUGGUCGAGUGGGGCUACUAGAAGAAGCUUAUGAAUUAAUAACAAAAAUGCCUAUGGAAGCAAGUGUCGCUGCAUGGGGCGCCCUUCUUAAUGCUUGUAGAAUGCAUGGGAAUGUUGAGGUGGGUAAGCUUUCUGCCUUUAAGCUUUUAGACUUGGAUCCUGAAGAUAGUGGUAUCUAUUCAUUGCUUGCAAAUAUUUGUGCUCAUGAGAGAAGAUGGGGUGAUGUAAGGAUGGUUAGAAGUAUGAUGAGAGAGAGAGGGGUUAAGAAAACUCCUGGUAGUAGCUUGAUAGAGGUCGAGGGUGAGUUUUAUGAAUUUUUGGUUGCUGAUGGAUCGCACCCUCAAUCUGAAGAUAUUUAUAGGGUAUUAAACGAAAUAUUUUUGCUGUCCAAAGUGGAAGACUCUGUUCCUGGUACUAAACUCAAUUAAUGAACUUUAAUGUGUUUGAUGCUUUA